CCGGCUGUUUUCCUGGGCGGGUCUCGUUACCUCCGGGUAACGUCUUGGUCUCCGAGCCCGGACCCCGGUCUCCAGGAAAUAUCCGUAAUCUCCCCCGGUCCCGACUGUCGGACCUGGCCUCGGUGAAGGCCCGAAGCUCCGGCUUUGCCCUCCCCGACUCGUGGGAAGGACUGAGUUUCAGCCAGCUGCGGAGAAUGGAGCCCGGCCUGGCAGCGGCCGCACAACCCUGGAGGGAGAAGUGUCCAUGGGGAGCACCACCUACCACUAUUACACCCUGCUCCCUUUCUGAUGUAAUGAGUGAGGAGCUUGCUAAAGAACUACAGCAACAGGAACAGAAUGCAGCUUUUCCUCAUGUCAUUGGCAUUGACACAGCAGCUCUUAUUGGAGAGGGCACGGAGACCUCCAGUGACUUCCUCUUGGCACAGAUGCUGCAGAUGGAAUUUGACCGGGAAUAUGACGCACAGCUUCGCCGAGAAGAAAAUAAGUUGAAUGGCGACAGCAAAGUUUCUAUUUCCUUUGAGAAUUACCGAAUGGUGCAUCCAUUUGAAGAUAGUGAAAGCUCAGAAGAUGAAGUUGAUUGGCAAGAUACAAGGCACGAUCCUUAUAAACUCGAUAAACCUUCAACAAAUCCGAGGCGAGGAUUUGCAGGAAAGGGGAAAGAGAUUACCACCAAACACGACGAGGUGACUUGUGGCAGGAGGAAUACAGCUCGAAUGGAAAAUUUUGCUCCAGAGUUCCAGGUUGGCGAUGGAAUUGGGAUGGACUUGAAACUCUCUAACCGCGUUUUCAAUGCUCUGAAGCAGCAUUCGUAUUCAGAACAGCGCCGUAGUGCCAAGAUCCACGAAAAGAAAGAGCACUCCACUUCUGAUCAAGCUAUGGAUUCGAAAACCCGUCUGCUGCUGUUUAAGAUGGUGAAUUCCGGGGUUCUGGAAAGCAUCAAUGGCUGCAUCAGCACAGGCAAAGAGUCUGUGGUUUUCCAUGCUAAUGGGGGAAGCCUGGGUGACCAAAUGGUUCCCACAGAGUGUGCCAUCAAAGUUUUUAAGACCACUCUCAAUGAAUUCAAAAAUCGAGACAAAUACAUCAAGGAUGAUUACAGGUUCAAAGACCGCUUCAGCAAGCUGAAUCCUCGUAAGAUCAUCCGCAUGUGGGCAGAGAAGGAAAUGCACAACUUGACCAGGAUGCAUAAAGUUGGGAUUCCCUGUCCAGAGGUGGUUCUUCUCAAGAAGCACAUUCUGGUGAUGUCAUUCAUCGGCCAGGAUCACAUGGCAGCUCCCAAACUGAAGGAUAUUCAGCUUAACAAUGAAGACUUGAAGCGAGCCUACCACCAGGUCUUGCAUAUAAUGCAACAGCUGUACACCGAAUGCAACCUGGUCCAUGCUGACCUGAGCGCCUACAACAUGUUGUGGCACAUGGGGAAGAUCUGGUUGAUUGAUGUCAGUCAAUCCGUGGAACCCACUCAUCCUCAUGGACUCGAGUUUCUCUUCAGGGAUUGCAAAAACGUUUCUCAGUUCUUCCAGAAGGCGGGAGUUGCAGAUGCGAUGGGUGAGCGGGAUCUGUUCAAUGCCGUCUCUGGUUUGAACAUCACUGCCGAUAAUGAAGUGGAUUUCCUUGCUGAGAUCGAGAUUUUGGAAAAAUUAAAUGAAGAUCACGUCCAAAAGCAUGGGAAAUUUGCAGAGAUCGAGUCUGAUGAAAGCCCAGCGGAUGAUUAAAAGAGGAAAGCUUUUAAAUAUUUUACUUUGCUGGCUUUUUUUUGGUGAAAGCGAAAGGAAACUUGGCAAGCUGGGAUUCAACUGAGCUGGCACUGCAAUUGAAUCUGGAUUAAAAUUUGAAACGAG